GGAACUUGAGUGACGCAACAUUUCUCGGUGCCAGGUUUUGUCUUUCACUGACGCACGCGUGGCCCUCGUGCGACCCCGGCGUGUUCUGGGACGCUAACGGAGGAGGAAAAUACAAGUCAGCGGGCUCACGCAGGGACAGAGAUGGCAGCCGAGAGAUAACGGGAGAUGUCGCUCCGCGUUUGGCCCAACCACACCGAGCCCACCGCCCCCAACCCGUCUCCCCUCCUCCUCCUCGAUUUCUAGUGGUUUUCUGUGAUCUGUUGGACCACAAUCUUUGACGCACUCACACAAACACACUGAGUUGUAGGCACGCAGCCACGCGUACUUCCUCUAUUUAGAUAAGACCCUUCUGGGCUGCACCGGAGGGAGAUGUUACAUUGAUUCUCAGCUCUGGUUACUGCGAUGAAUGGUAACACUAUCCAUCCAGCCAACACCACCAACACAACAGCAGCGAGAGGAGGUGGCCCAAGCGUGGCAGCGCCCCCGAGAGGCUGGAGGGAAUUCUGCGAACUGCACGCCAUCGCCACCGCCCGGCAGCUGGCUGGACACUACCGGAUCUUCGCAAGAGAGCGGCCGCAGCAUGACGCACUCCCACCGGAGACCUUCUCCAAGCAGUUCACCGACCUCUUCCAGCAGCACUUCAGCUGCGAGGUCGACAAAGAUGGCGCCCUGCUCGGUCAGAUCACGAGCUCUGGUUCGACCGGCAGCGCUUCCUUCACCGCUACGGCGGCUCCUCUCCUCCCAUCACAGACUGUGAUUGGGCGACUGCGCGUCGCUCCCGUGUCGGGGGCGCAGGACUACCGCGAGGCGGGCCGGCCAGGCGGAGAAGCCGCUCCGUCCGGUGUGGGGUCGCCCAAACUGGAGCCGGUGGUGGCGAGUCGGGAACAGGAGCAGCAGCAGCAGCCGCUGGGCUGCUCUGCCGGUAACUCCUCGCCAGGCAACCCGGUGGUGCGCGGCGGGUCGAAUCGUAGCGCGGGCAGCGGGCCGCUGCUGAUUAACAGUCGCAGCAACGAGGAGAUUUCCAGCACCGACUGUCGGCAGGUGUGUGAGCGGUACUCCUCCGACUCUUCGACUUUCAAUGCCGCACACGCAGACGUCACGCAUUUCUCCGUCAGUCAAAUCCGGCAGACCGUAUGGCGGCUUUUCCAGAAACGGCCCAGCCCCCUCUCAUCCCAGGACCUGGCCCCCAGCAACCCCAACCUCCCCACCAACAGUCCCCCAAAUAAUGGAGACACAGUGGGCGGGAUUUCCCCUGCAAACGAGGAGGUGUCCUCAUCCUCAUCCUCCAGUCCCUCCUCUUGUCCAAGCUCUGAGGCCACGCCCCCAGCCUCCUCGCACAUGUCUGUGGCUGGAGUGGCCUCUCGCUUCCGGAAUCGCUUCCGUUUGUUGCGCAGCGGGAGCACGAGGCAGAAGAGGUCAGAGGGGAGCGGCAGCUGUAAAGAGGGCCAACUGAGGUACUUGCUGGUUGAAGAUGCUAUCUCGGACACUCAGCCCCGCUGGCAGCGCUGCCGCCUGCUGGUCAGGAGGAUCAGGGACGCUCAAGUAGCCGGAAGAGGAGGAGGAGGAGAGAGGUACCAGCUGGAGCUCUAUGAUCCGCCAAAGGCCUCCAGUCCCAAGCUGACGACUCCCUGCUCAGAUAUCCAAGAAGUCCGUCGGUGCAACCGGCUGGAGAUGCCUGACAACUUAAACACGUUUGUUUUAAAGGUUAAUCAAGGUAGUCUGAUAUUUGAGACGGACAAUGACCAGCAGGUCAGCUCCUGGACCACAGAGCUUAAAGAAUGUAUCAAUAACAGGUCAGGCAGUGUGGAUCUGGAGCCCCUCCCCUCCCCAGCUGACAGCGGCGCACCAGCCAAUCGCAGAGGGAGCUCAGAGCCGGGGAGUCAAAGCACCGCCACGUUCGCCCUGCCCGAGCAGGUUGCCCAGAAAGCCGAUCACUUCCUGUUCUCCUACCCGUGGUUCCACGGGCCCAUCUCCCGCGUCAAGGCCGCCCACCUGGUUCAGAGCGCCGGCCCGCAAGGACACGGCGUGUUUCUGGUCCGACAGAGUGAGACGCGGAGGGGAGACUACGUCCUCACGUUUAACUACCAGGGAAAAGCAAAGCACCUGCGCCUCUCGCUAACGGAGUGGGGUCAGUGCCGGGUGCAGCACCUGCGCUUCCCCUCCGUCAUGGACAUGCUCAGUCACUUCCGCCUCUUCCCCAUCCCGCUGGAGUGCGGAGCCGCUGGCGCCGUCACUCUGUCCAGCUUCGUAGUGGCGGGCUCCAGCCCUCCAUCACAGGGUCAGCUCUCCGGCGCCCACCUCAUCCCCUUCUCCCUCCAUCGUUGGAGUUCUGAGCCCAGCUUGGCUCACUGCAGCCUGGCCCGCAGCGCCAGUCAGCCCCGCUCCACCUGCCCCAGCAGCACCAGCACCUCCUCCAGCCCCGGCUCCGUCCCUCCGCCCGCGAACCGCCCGUUCCCUCGCACCAACCGCGUGCCCGAUGCCCCGCUGACGGCCGCCGCUCCUCUUCGCCGGAGUGAGUCGGCGGGGAGGCGGCCGCUCCUUCCGCGGCACCCCAUCACCAACAUCCCCCAGCGGGAUUCGGACUACGAGCUGGAGCCCGAGCGAGGCCACAAGCGGGCGAUAGACAACCAGUACAUGUUGGUCUGACCCGCCGAGGCCAGCGCCUCCAUCGCCUCCGACAGACGGCAGUCACCUGUGAAGCCCGCGCGUUCAUGCACGUGACACACUGACACACACACACACACACUGUGCUGGGAGUGUGUUUACCCGUGUCAGACCCUCACAACCUCCUCCUCCCGCAGUGUCCACAGUGAAUGUAUUUUUGGGAGCUUUAUAACAGUGUUGACUAUGAUCAUUAUUCAUGUUGAGGUUGUGUGUGAGAGGGUGAGCCACGCGUGUUGCUGUCCUGCAGCCCGGCUAAAAAGUCAUUUUGGAAAUGUCUCUAUUUUUGGGAUUUCAAAGAGGUUCGCUUGUUUACUUCUUUGACACUUGGCCUGAACGAAUGGGAAAGCACUGUGCAAAAGUGGUUGGAUGGAGUACUCCUUUAAAGUAUUUAAAAAUAAAUGUACUCUUCACACACAGGCCUUUGUGUGGAGUACACUCGCAUAUUUAUGUAAACACACGAACAAGAAAGCACUCUUUAUUUUAUUAGAUCCUCCUCUUGCUAAUCAUUAUAUAUUUAAGUGCAUUUUGGAAACAAUGUGUAUUUUUUUCUAUACACAGAUUCUUUUGUAGAAAAAAAAAAACUUACUAAGGAAGGCCAAACUUGGUUAAAGUUAGUUUGCAGCCAUGACUAAAAAGUGAUCUUUUUCCGCCACUUUAAACCUUUGCUGCAACAAAAACAAAAACCACAGGAAAUAUUCUGGGUUCGCUUUAAUCAGCCCCAAGUCUUCAAAAAGCCUUGAGAACCUGUUGCUGUUUGUGGUGCGACUGUCUCCCUGUGCGUGUGCGUGUGUGCCGUUCGUAUGAAUGUGAGUGAAAGUGUAUCCAGUGUAGUGCAGCCUGUGUGUAGUAAAGUGUUGCCUGCAGCCUGUGUGUCCGACCACACCGACAGGUAUUUAGAGUAAAAGGCAUUAUCUGCUCAAAAUGAGCACGAGGUGUCACAGAAAUAACCACGACAAAGAAAACAGUGUCAUUAUACAAAUGCCUAUGAUAUAAACAUCAUAAUAGAAUUUCAUAUAUUUUUUUACAAGUCUGAUAUGGAUGGAUGGAUAUUAUUCACAAAUGAAUUUGAUUCAAAGUGUUACAAAUUACCUUAAUUAUAAUUAAUUACAUUAAUUAUACAUUUCACUCAAUUUAUAGAUUUUUGGGGGAUAAUAAAGCAGCCCAGAAGUAUAUGUGUAUGCAUAAAGCAGAAAAGGGUGCUCAACA